AUGCCGGACACUUCCGAAUCCAGUACCACCCCGUUUUUCCCGUCGGCCACCGGCCCCGCCGCUAGGUUAGGUGACAUAAUUCUGUGGAGGCGCCCCCUAUGGAGCGCGCUCGUCGUUACCGUCGCGACGGCGACUUGGGUUCUGUUCGACGUCUACAAAUUCAACUUCGUCACCGUCGUGGCGUGGAUCGGCAUGGCGGUCGUCACUUCCCUCUACCUCUACGGCCACCUCGUCAGGCUUUUCCGGAAGGAAGAGCCGGAUCUGAUGGACAGGCAAUUCGUGAGGGAGAAGAGAGUGGUGGAGGCGGCCCGAUCGGUUGGAUCGGGGAUCGAGCUAGCGGUCGGGUGCCUGGUCCGGAUGAGCACGAAUGGAGACUGGAGAGUGUUGACGCAUCUCGUCGUUGAGCUCGGGUUUCUUGCCUACCUCGGGAGCUUGGUCGAUUUCCUAACCUUGGUUUAUUUAGGUGUUGUGAUGGUGAUGACGCUGCCUCUGGCGUACAAGACGAACGAGAGGAAGAUAUUGAACGCGGCGAUGCAGGCGCAGAAGAAGGGAAUGGAGUUUCUGUACAUGGUGGAUGAGAAAGUGGUAAGGAGACUGAAGGGGAAGGUGGUCGCCGUGGCCUCGAUGAAUGAGGAUAACCACAGCAAAGAUCAGAAGGAGGAGAAGGUUGAGUAG